UAGAGUGUGAACGACGGAGAAGGCUGAGUGUUACUACAAGGCAGGAAAAAUGGUACAAUAAAGUAUGGCUUUAAGGUGAAUUCCUUUCAAGGUUCAUCGAUUAUUUUGCCAUUAAGACAAGGUUCUGAAGUUAGUCACGUUAAGGACUGUAUGCAGCAGUAGCGACUCUAACAAUGGCUGUUUCCUGCAGUAAUGGUAUCAAAAGGACCUCCCAAGAAUUCCUUUUUAAAAACGGGUGUGUUUUCUUCUCAGCAUUUCUCCUGUGUUUCCCGCUGUCACUUGCUGCGACUAUCACCGUUAUCAAUGAUCCCGUAACGGCGGCACUUGGAGACAAUGUCACUCUGGGUAUCAGUAUUGACGAAAGUGUGGUGCUUUGUACGUGGUAUCGAGGAGCCGUAGACGUGACUAACUUUAUCCUGCGAGUAGCAAAUGGAGUACAGGCUGAAGGCUCCCAAUACACCCGCAGGGAAUCUGUUCUGCAACCAAGUCACUCGUUGAGGAUAGCGAAUGCUACGUUGGCAGACAGCGGUACUUACUGGGUGCGCAUUGUAUUUACAUCAGGAAACGAAGUCCUGUCCAAUCUCACGUUAAAGGUGUUGGGAAUUUUGUCUGCUCAACAUGAGAUGCAUCUGGUGUGGAAGCAACUAUCACUGCAAAGUACUUUGCAGUCUUUCUAUCCUGCAAAAUGUGUUGUUUCACAAGUUCAGAACAUUCAGCAAUUAACUCAUUUUGAGAAUCAGCAGAGAGAUUAUGCACUUGAAGUUAUUCCCCUUUCCUUGUGA